CCGGAGCCGCGGGGAGGGAGGGACCGAGGCAGGGCCGGCGCUGGAGGCUCCUCGCCGGCCACGGGGACGAGGAGGUGAGGAGGACACGGGAAGCCCUGGGGCAUCACCCCAGCAUUCCCUGGCCAUGGCAGGUCGGCUCCUGCCCUCGGACACCAACCAGGCUCUGGGUGUCCAGGACGUCCCCUCCCUCCACCCACCCCUGCAGGUGCCCCCCCAGCACACGGUGAUACGGGUGCCCGUCAUCCGCCACCGCGGCUCCAACACCCUCAACUUCCACUUCCAUGACCCGGAGCCCAAGAGCUCGGAGCCCAAGAACUCAGUGAAUGAGUGGUAUCAGACCUGGCCGGCCAAGGAGGUGAAAGCCCCCAACACCCCAGUGCCCGCCGGCCCCAUGCCCACCCCCAGGGCCGCCCCCGCCCACCCGUGCCCCCCGGGCUGGUCGGCCACCUGGACCAAGGACAGCAAGCGGCGGGAGCGGCGCUGGGUGAAGUACGACGGCAUCGGGCCCGUGGACGAGACGGGGAUGCCCAUCGCCUCCCGCUCGAGCGUCGACAGCCCCCGGGACUGGUACCGCAGCAUGUUCCGGCAGAUCCACCGCAAGCUGCCAGAGCCCGACUGGGACACCCACCUCUGCCCUGCCACAGCGCCUCCAUCGCCCCCCAAACCACGCAGGAGGGGCUCAGCACCGGCUGAGCCCCCCGGGAUGCCCAACGGGAUGGACUGGACGCGCUGGGGUGCCACCGGUGCCACCACGGAGCCCGGCAGCAUUUUUGACUAUGAACCAGGGAAAUUCUCGCCGCUGGAGCAGCCCCCGGCAGCGGCACGGCGGGCCCAGUCCAUCGAGGUGCUGCUGGAGCAGGAGCUGGAGCAGCUCAGCGAGGAGCUGGACAAGGACAUGAGGAACAUGGAGACGCGCCGGACCCCCCGCCAGAGCCCGGCGGCUGCUCCCACCGCUCGCUCCCCUGCUCCGGCCUCCCCGGCUGCUCGGAGCCCCCUGUCACCCCACCCACUGCGGAGCCCCCCCGGCACCCAGCGCUCCCCCGCCAGCCCCGGCAUGGAGCGAGGUGUCCUGGGGCUGGCCAGUGACCGGAACCGUGCAGCCCCUGGCAGAGACACCCUCAGGCCAGAGACCCUCCCCAGCCUGCCCGACCUGGGAGAUCCCACUGAGACCGUCAGGAGGGAGGAGAAGAAGAUGAAAGCUGCUCGCCUCAAGUUCAACUUCCAAGCCGAGUCUCCCAAGGAGCUGACGCUGCAGAAGGGGGACAUCGUCUACAUCCACAAGGAGGUGGACAGGAACUGGCUGGAGGGGGAGCACCACGGCCGCGUGGGCAUCUUCCCCUCCAACUACGUGGAGAUCCUGCCCCCCACGGAGGUGCCCAAGCCCAUCAAGGCGCCCACCAUCCAGGUGCUGGAGCACGGCGAGGCGCUGGCGCUCUACAACUUCCGAGGGGAGCUGCACGUCGAGCUCUCCUUCCGCAAGGGUGAGCGGAUCUGCCUCGUGCGGCGGGUGGACGAGAACUGGUACGAGGGGCGGAUCUCGGGCACCAGCCGCCAGGGCAUCUUCCCCGCCACCUACGUCCAGGUGCUGAAGGAGCCGCGGGUCAAGGCCACCGCCGAGGACAUCCCCCCCUCGCCCACCCCCGCCAUGUCCCCGUCCCUGCAGCGCUCGCCCGCUCCCCGCGUCCCCCAGAACCCCGCCGGCUCCCCCCGGGUGGCGGAGCCACGUCCUGGGGUCACGGGUGGGCACCUCGGCGUCGCCUUCCCCGCCUCCCCGAAGCUGCCCCACGCUGGCACCCCCAGCCCCUCACUGGCCUCUGCCAGCCCCCCCCAGCCUGCGGCCGCCCACCCCCACCAGGAGCCCCGGUGUCCAGCCUGGGCCCCCGAGCAGCGUGCGACCCCGGGGGUACCCACCAGCGCCCGCCCCGAGCCCGCCCCGUCCUACAACGGCUCCGAAAUCCGGUGGACCCCGUACCGGGCGCUCUACCAGUACCGGCCCCAAAACGCCGACGAGCUGGAGCUGCUGGAGGGGGACCGCGUGGACGUCAUGCAGCAGUGCGACGACGGCUGGUUCGUGGGCGUGUCCAGGAGGACGCAGAAGUUCGGCACUUUCCCCGGGAAUUACGUGGCGCCGGUGUGACCCGCGGCCACGGCGGGGGACGCGAGGGCUGG